AUGGCAGUGCAGGCUGUGCUCCUGACAUCAGGCCUGGAACAACGCUACGGAGUCAAGCACCUCGGCCCGGCCGAGUAUAUCCUCGGCAUCCAGAUCAGGCGGUUCGACGACGGCUCUAUCGCCCUAUCCCAGGAACGGUACAUCAUGGACGUGCUCGCUCGGUUCCACUUCGACACCACGACUCGCGGCACUACAGUUCUGAUGACUCCCGGCCUUUCGCUCACUGCUAUCCAGGGUCAAGGCACCGAACGGAUCAGGUCAUGGUAUCUGCAGGCUAUCGGCUCGCUCCUCUACAUUUCGCUCGGUACCCGCCCUGACAUCGCCUUCGCCGUGUCCUACCUGGCCCGCUUCGCCAACAACCCCGGUCGUCGUCAUUGGAUCGCGGUCAAGCACAUCCUACGCUAUCUCCGGGCCACGUAUCGCAACGAACUCGUGUAUGCUCGCGGCCAGGCUCGCAUCACGGGUGUGGUAGGCUACUCCGACGCGAACUGGGGGGCCUGCAUCGACACAUCGGUGUCCACCAUGGGCUACGUCUUCUACAUCGCUGGCUCGGCCGUGUCCUGGUCGUCCAAACGCCAGUCUCGAGUUGCCGAUUCGACCACCGACGCUGAAUACCUCGCCCUCUCGCAUGCUGGCAAGGAAGGGAUUUACCUCAGUCAGCUGCUCGAAGAGCUCCAUGUACAACCUGUUGCACCGGCUCACAUCUUUACUGACAACGAAGCCGCUGCUGCAGUUGCUCACGAUCCUGUCCGCGUCUCUGGCACUCGGCACAUACGCUUGCGCGAGCACUUCGUUCGGGACAUGGUGAAUCGGGGCGACAUCUCUCUCUCGCAUGUGGGUACCAGCGACAUGGUGGCCGACAUCUUCACCAAGGCUCUCGGCCCAAAGGUCUUCUCAACGCACUGCUACACCCUCGGCCUUCGCACUCGACACCCGCGGCUUGGGUCUGCCUCGCAUUCGCGUGGGGGGGGGUGUGAAGAGUCCACUCUCAGCUCGACAGGGGCGCCUCGGUCGUUGCGCGCACUUGCUAGCCCGCCCCCUUGCGGUGGGGACUAUGAGACGAUCACCACUACUGUCAGGAGAAGUUGA